AUGUCUUUUUUUUUUUUUUUUUGUCUCUGCCUAUUUCUUCUUCCUUCCUCUGUCCCUGUUCUCCCCCGACGGCAGGGGGGCUCGCCCACCCUUCGCUGGGACAUGGACCCAUUCCUUGUCGACGCGGCUGCGGAUCCUCGCCGUCCUCGGCGUGGCAGCGUCCGCCGGAUGAAGCAGUACGAGUGCCUGACCAACCACUCCGUCGUGGCGUCCGCCGUGUUUGUCCCGUUCGACGCCGGCUUCGACUUCGCCCGCUACAAUUGGGGCUACGACAACACCACCAGGGACGCCAGAUCGGUGGACCUGAUAGAGUGGCUCAUGGCACGGCCCCAGUUGCGGCGGAUGUGGGGCCAUGACCACUUCCCCGUCGCGGGGAGAACGGGGUGGGACUUCCGAUGA